UAAUGGUAAUUUCGACGUAGGUAGGUGAUGGUGAGGUGAACUUGUAGAAAUAAAUGAUUAUUUUUAUAAAUAAACAAAGUUAUUUUAGUUGAAUUUUAAUGUGUUGUAGUUAUUGUUAAUUUGCUUAAACGUAAUGGUGGAUAUGUGAAAGAAUAAUUGUUAUCGGAUUUUUUACGCUCGUGUGCUUCGCGAAAGCAUUCAACAGUAUCACACAAGUUAAAGAUGGCGGAUCCGGACCCGGAAACACUGCUCGAGUGGCUGAAUAGCGGUCUGGGGGAUGAACGUGAUAUGCAGCUCAUCGCCUUGGAGCAACUCUGCAUGUUGCUCUUAAUGUCUGAUAAUGUCGACCGAUGUUUUGAGAGUUGUCCGCCGAGAACUUUCUUGCCAGCUCUGUGUAGAAUUUUUUUAGACGAGCAAGCACCUGAGAAUGUGUUAGAGGUCACUGCGCGAGCGAUUACGUAUUACCUAGACGUGUCCGCAGAAUGUACGCGUCGCAUUGUCGCAAUAGAUGGCGCUAUAAAGGCAAUUUGCAAUCGCUUGGUGGUUGCGGAAUUGUCGAGUAGGACGAGUAAAGAUUUAGCGGAGCAGAGCGUAAAGGUGCUCGAGCUGAUAUGUACAAGAGAGGCGGGUGCUGUUUUUGAUGCCGGAGGUCUUAGUUGUAUUCUUCCCUUUAUAAGAGAUAAUGGCCAAAGAGUGCACAAAGACACUCUCCAUUCAGCAAUGGCCGUGGUGUCUCGACUGUGUACUAAAAUGGAACCUGCUGAUACUCAGUUGCAAGGAUGCGUGCAGGCGCUCAGCUCUCUCCUUAGACAUGAAGAUCUUCACGUCGCAGACGGUGCACUUAGAUGUUUUGCUUCAGUAGCCGAUAGAUUUACUAGACGGGGAGUAGAUCCGGCACCCCUGGCACAACACGGUCUAGUAAAUGAAUUGCUCACCCGCUUAUCGACUGCCGCCGGUUCGGUCAGUUCGGGAGGCUCUCAAAGUACACCGGGAAAAUCUUCAACUUCCACGACCGGCACCCCUACAGCCGCUUCCGAUGCUAAGGCGACAUCUGCGUCUGUGUCCACCAUUAUUAGUCUUUUAUCCACUUUAUGUAGAGGUUCACCCACCAUUACACACGAUUUGUUGCGUUCAGAAUUGCUGGAUGCGAUAGAAAAAUCACUGAAGGGAGACGAAAGAUGCGUGUUAGAUUCGAUGCGAUUGGUAGAUUUACUUUUGGUACUGCUUUUCGAAGGUCGUAGAGCGCUCGGAAAACCGGGAUCCGGAACAACGGGUCAAUUGGUACCGAGAAUUAGAAGAAUGGAUUCCGCGGCCGAGAAAUCGCACAGGCAACUGAUAGAUUGCAUCAGGUCCAAGGACACGGACGCAUUAAUUGAGGCUAUCGAAAACGGAGGAGUCGAGGUCAAUUUCAUGGACGACGUGGGCCAGACCCUUUUGAAUUGGGCUUCGGCAUUCGGCACGCAAGAAAUGGUAGAGUACCUCUGCGAGAAAGGUGCGGACGUGAAUAAGGGUCAACGAUCGUCCUCGUUGCAUUACGCCGCAUGUUUCGGCCGACCGGCGAUCGCAAAAGUUCUUUUAAAAUUUGGCGCAAAUCCGGAUUUAAGGGACGAAGAUGGUAAAACUCCCUUGGAUAAAGCUAGGGAAAGGGCAGACGAAGGGCACAGGGAAGUGGCCGCGAUAUUGCAGUCUCCCGGGGAAUGGAUGGUGCCUUUGGACAAAGAGAAGGGUCGCAAGUCCGAAUCUGAGUCGGAGGAGAGUGCAGAGCCGAAGGGAGAUCCGGAAAUGGCGCCCGUUUAUCUGCAGCGACUGUUGCCAGUUUUCUGCACGACUUUCCAAUCUACGAUGUUGGCGAGCGUCAGAAAAGCGAGCUUAAGUCUCAUAAAGAAAAUGAUACAUUAUGUACAGUCCGAUCUUUUGGAGGAGCUGUGUUGUCUCGAAAUAAAUCCUAAUUUCGGAACUCAGCUGGUCGAAGUAAUCGCGACAGUAUUAGACAAUGAGAUGGGUUAUUGCUGGCCUACAACGCGUGAUGCAAAGCCAGCGCGACCAAUAGCUCAGUCAUCGCCAUUCAGCUUAUUUGUCCGUACGAUGCGCGCUUACUUGCAUGAUAGGCGCGUAAUCAUCCCCUAUUCUACGCCGGAGGACGAAGAAGGCCAUUCGGUGGUGUUGACGAUAAUUCAAGAUCUUAUGGUCAAAUCUCAAAAGAUAUUUCUAGAUCAUUUUGCGCGCUUGGGAAUAUUUACCAAGGUGCAAGCGCUGGCUGGUCCCCCGGACCAUCAAGAAAAUGAGGAGAGUGAAACCCAACAAGAAGAGCCUAUUGAGCAACAACAGCAGGAAGAUGCCAAAGAGAUUUUGCCUGGCAAAGCUUAUCAUUGGCGCGACUGGUCGAUUUGUCGCGGUAGAGACUGUCUUUACAUUUGGAGUGACGCCGCCGCUUUGGAAUUGUCGAAUGGUUCCAAUGGCUGGUUUCGGUUCAUCCUUGACGGCAAACUAGCUACCAUGUAUUCUAGCGGUUCGCCAGAAGGAGGAGCCGAUACUUCCGGCAAAGGAAGGGCAGCUGACUCCCUCACCACUGAAGAAAAUAGAGGAGAAUUUUUGGAAAAACUUCAACGGGCACGUGCAGCUGUUAGAAUUGCCAACAACUGCACUCCUAUUUUAUCCAAGCCAAGUCCUACAAGGCUGAUAGUUGGCAACUGGUCUUUAACAUCGAGAAAAGAAGCGGAAAUCAAUAUCCACAAUUCUGAUGGACAACAGCAAACAACUAUUCUUAAGGAUGAUCUACCUGGAUUCAUAUUUGAAUCCAACAGAGGCACCAAACAUUCUUUUAUUGCUGAGACAAGUUUAGGUCCGGAAUUUUCUGCCGGUUGGACUACGAAAAAAGGCAAAAGGCUUCGAUCGAAAACAGAAGCGACGAAGAUGAAGGUUAAGUAUCUUGCCCAUCAAAUCUAUGAACAGUACUUUAGAGCAGCGCAAGCUCAGCCUCGCGGCGUUGUUGCCAAGUUGGGCAACAUUGUGGCACAAAUCGAAAGAGCUUGCCAGAAACAGUGUUCCUAUGGGAAUAACAGGGAAGGGGGGAAUUCUUGGAAGGAAAUACUUAUGAAUGCUCUUGAUGAUUUAACUCAAAUUUUGAAAGAGGAUGGUGUGGUUAGCGCAUAUGAACUGCAUAGUUCGGGACUGGUUCAGGCUUUGCUAUACUUACUCUCAGUUAGCUAUUGGGACCAAGGAUUGAAAUCAAGUAAAAUGAACAAAUAUCAAAAACAGCGGGUUCAAGUUUUUAAGCAAUGCUUUAAGAGCAGAUCAAAUGAAGAGAACAAUUCCAUGGCUAUACUUGUGCAGAAGCUCAUAGCCGUCCUGGAGAGUAUUGAAAAGUUGCCUGUAUAUCUAUAUGAUACCCCAGGUGCAGGGUAUGGCCUUCAGGUGUUAACUCGAAGGUUACGAUUUAGACUGGAGAAAUCUCAGGGCGACAGUACUCUAAUCGACAGAACCGGCAGAGGGCUAAAAAUGGAGCCGUUGGCGACAGUUGCUCAACUGGAACGCUACCUUUUAAAAAUGGUAGCCAAGCAGUGGUACGAUUUUGACAGAUCCACUUUCCAGUUUCUAAAGAAACUUCGGGAUUCCAAAUAUCAGACAUUCAGACAUAACUAUGAUUUUGAUGAAAAUGGAGUUAUUUAUUUUAUUGGUACGAAUGGCAAGACCAGUGGUGAGUGGGUUAAUCCAGCUCAGUAUGGAGUUGUGACCGUAACUAGUUCUGACGGGCGAAAUCUCCCCUAUGGGAGAGUAGAAGAUAUUCUGUCUAGAGAUUCUUCCGCUCUAAAUUGUCAUACAAAUGAUGACAAGAGAUCCUGGUUUAGUAUCGACUUGGGGUUGUUUAUAAUCCCAAGUGCCUAUACCCUGAGGCAUGCAAGAGGUUAUGGCAGAUCGGCUCUUCGAAAUUGGUACUUUCAAGUGUCAAAAGAUGGAGUUCUUUGGACAACAUUGUACACACACACUCAAGAUACAUCUUUGAAUGAACCAGGCUCAACUGCUACCUGGCCGAUUGAACCGCCAUCUGACGAAUAUCAGGGAUGGAGACACAUAAGGAUUCAACAAGCAGGUAAAAAUGCAUCAAGCCAAACUCACUAUCUCAGUCUUUCUGGAUUUGAAAUAUAUGGACAAGUGAUCAGCGUGUGCGAAGAUAUGGGAAAAGCACACAAGGAGCAAGAAGCCCAAUUGAGGAAACAACGAAGGCUUGUUAAAACACAACUCUUAAAACAUAUGGUUGUUGGCGCUAGGAUUGUCAGAGGAAUUGAUUGGAAAUGGAAAGAUCAAGAUGGUAAUCCACCUGGAGAAGGUACAGUAACCGGAGAACUGCACUCAGGUUGGAUAGACGUAACGUGGGAUCACGGCGGAUCGAAUUCUUAUCGUAUGGGGGCGGAAGGGAAGUACGAUUUGAAAUUGGCACCCGGCUACGACGUAGAGAACGCGCCAGUCAAAACUUGCCCUACGAAUAAGCAUAAGACGAAAGAGGACAAGCAGAGCGUCCUCACCAGUCGGAAAAGCAGCUCGACUCCCAGCCUGCCGGAAGCGACUGAAGCGAAGCCUUCGGUCGCGUCGACCGAUCAAGCCGCUUCGGCCGACAAUUUAGCUGCCAAACAAGCGGCAGAAACUAUCGCCGAGAGUGUACUGUCGGUUGCGAGAAAUGAAGCGUUGGUCGCCGUCACUUCAGAAUCUCAGGCAGCCAGCAAUGAUAGCGAACUAUCUGUGGUAGUUCAUCCGCUUCGAGAUCCUCAUCACGAUUUGUCAACGAUAAACAACAGCAGUGACUUGGCGACGAUCGUUGAAAGUCUUACCCUCACGGAUAGUAAAUUAUCGAUGAAAAGGCAGAACAGCGACGAACCUUCGUCAAAUGCGGUUGAUCAUCAGAAAAAUUCUAGUCAUAAGUCAAAUAGGAGCUCUAGGAUAAGUAAUGUAGCCGCUGCUGCAGCUGCUCAAAGCUUCGUGGAAGCUGUCGAGGCUUUGGACAAAAUAAGGGAAGGUACCGACAUGUUGAGGAACAAUACUAAUAAUUUCUUGUCGGCGGAGCUGCUGCAGUCUGCCCUAAACAUUGGUCAGUCUACCCAGCAGACCAUCAGCAAUUUAUCUAAUUUGUCCGGUAACAGUGUGAGGAUUUCGGUUUCGUCUAAUUUAGAUGCGGAGUCGGAUAAGUCUAAUACAAAGAAGGAGGAUGGAGGAACCACUAGUAGUAACAAAGGUGCUUGCAGUAGUGAUAACGAAGAGGCUGUGAACAGUGUGAAUAACGCAAAAAACAGUAGUAAUUCUGUAGUAGUAACCAACCCAAUGAGUGUCAGUGUACCAAAUCUGGCGAGCACGGAAGCUAAUGGCCAUAUUGAAACCACGACCACAGCAGUCCUGAACUUUGCAGGUCUUUUGGAAACGUUUGCAGCGCUGGCGCGACGCAGGCAGUCCGGUUCUUCAGCCAACAACUGUUCGAACGCCAACACAAAUAAUGCGCAAGUGACGAACGCGAACGCGCAAAAUAACCAGAACUCGUGCUCCCUAUUCCCGCGUGCUCCCAAUUCUGUUUCCAGUCUGGUCCGGUUGGCGUUGUCCAGUAAUUUUCCUGGCGGAUUGCUGAGUACCGCCCAAAGUUAUCCGAGUUUGUCGUCCAGCAAUAACGCGGGCGGUCAGCAGGGCGGGAUUUCGGCAGCAGCGGGCGCAGUCCAAGGGUUAAGCCAGGCCCUCACGAUGAGUCUAACGUCGACUAGUAGCGACAGCGAGCAAGUGUCUCUCGAAGACUUUCUCGAAUCAUGUCGAGCACCCACCCUGCUAGCCGAACUAGAUGAUGAUGAGGAAAUGGGUGAAAAUGAUGACGAGAAUGACGACGAAAAUGAAGACGAUGCCGAUUAUGAAGAUGAACUGCAAGUGAUGGUAUCUAGAAACCUAUUAAGUUUUAUGGAGGAGGAGGGCUUCGAGGCGAUCCAACACAACACCAAGCGGCGAUCUUGGGACGACGAAUUUGUCAUUAAAAGGCAAUUCAGCGCUUUGAUCCCCGCGUUCGAUCCCAGACCGGGUAGAACAAACGUCAAUCAAACAUCAGACCUCGAAAUUCCAGCGCCCGGCCAAGAGGAGUCACCCAACGUUUCGGAACACGACUUAUUGCCCCAACCAAAGUUGCAGCUGUUGCUAAAGGGGCCCAAUAUGCCCGGCAUCGCCGACGUAGAAAUCGAAUUAAGCAACCCCUCUUGGACAAUAUUUAGAGCUGUGCAAGAGUUAAUGCAACUGACUGAAUUUGCUUCUAAACAGGAAAAGCUUCGCAGAUUAUGGGAACCUACCUAUAUCAUUAUAUACCGUGAAGUUAAAGAAGAUUCAUCCUACGACAUGGAGGAGGGCAGAACUACUCCCGUGGCCCAACAGUUUAUACAGGGCGGCAAUAGUUCCAUCAUGGGACACACGUUGUCUCCGUCCACUCCCGUGCCCGGGACGCCCUCUGUCUCCAGUUGUACCGUGGAGGACGUUUUGCAGUUGUUAAGGCAUCUUUUUGUUAUCACCACGUCCGAAAAGGAAAGCGAUCUCAAUAUACUGGACAACGGCACUGACUUGCCUCCCGAAUUGUAUUCCAGCAAGAAGAUUACCAACAAAUUAAUCCAGCAAAUCCAAGAUCCUUUGGUGCUAUCGAGUUCAAGCUUGCCAGCCUGGUGUGAAGAACUGAACCAUUCGUGCCCGUUCUUGUUCCCAUUCGAGACGAGGCAACUGUACUUCAACUGUACGGCGUUCGGGGCGUCCAGAAGCAUCGUUUGGUUGCAAACGCAACGAGACGUAACCAUGGAAAGACAACGAACCCCCGGUCUGUCUCCGCGACGAGAUGAUCCUCACGAAUUUCGGGUGGGAAGACUGAAACACGAAAGAGUCAAGGUUCCUAGGAGCGAAGGCUUGCUCGAUUGGGCUAUACAAGUCAUGAAAGUUCAUUCUGGUCGCAAGUCUAUCCUCGAGGUCGAAUUUGCGGGGGAAGAGGGUACAGGUUUGGGCCCCACUCUGGAAUUUUACGCCCUCGUCGCUGCCGAACUGCAGAGGCGUGACCUCGGCAUGUGGAUCUGCGACGACGAGCAUAACCACGAGUCAGUCGAUCUGGGGGAAGGGCUUAAACCGCCUGGUUAUUACGUUAGAAGGUCGUCGGGUCUGUUUCCCGCGCCAUUACCUCAAGAUUCCGAGGCAUGCGACAGGGCAGUGAAGUAUUUUUGGUUUUUGGGAGUGCUGUUGGCCAAAGUGCUGCAAGACAAUAGGUUGAUUAAUUUGCCAUUGAGCAAGAGCUUCUUAAAGCUGAUGUGCCACGGAGAGAUUCAGAAUACGGUGAACGAGAGGAUAGGUUUGAUCGGGCCGAAGAAGUCGGUCGACGAGGAUAUAAUGACGGCCAGUUAUAUAUCGGAGGAGAGCGAAAAAGAACUGGAGCUCGAUCCUCCCAAGUCGAUAAUCGAAGAAAAGAAACUUUGGUACCUCAACAUACUUGGUGAUAAUGAUUUGUACGAUAUCGAUCCCGUUAGAGCUCAAUUUUUAAAGCAAAUCAGAGACCUCAUCAAGCAAAAACAGAAAAUUAUGCAGGAUCAUUCCCUGUCACCGGAAUCAAAGUCCCGCCAGAUCCAAAAUCUGUGUCUAAACGAUUCCUCUGGCCCUGUACUGUUGGAAGAUUUAGCGUUGACGUUUACUUAUUCGCCUGGCUCGUCAAUUUUCGGUUACGAAAGUUGCGAUCUCGUACUGAACGGGGCAGAUAUUGAAGUCCAUAUUGAGAAUAUCGAAGAGUAUGCUGAGCUGACCACUUCGUUUUGCUUAAACAAGGGCGUGGGCAGGCAGUUGGAGGCAUUUCACAAGGGGUUCUGCGACGUUUUUCCUAUCGAGAAACUAGCAGCUUUCAGUCCCGAAGAGGUAUCGAUUAUGUUAUGCGGGGACCAAAGUCCGGAAUGGACCAGGGAGGACUUGUUGAACUAUACCGAACCAAAAUUGGGAUAUACCAAGGACAGCCCCGGUUUCGUGCGGUUCGUCAAUGUUUUAGUUGGCAUGUCGCCCGAAGAACGCAAAGCGUUCUUGCAGUUUACGACCGGCUGCAGUUCACUACCUCCAGGAGGUUUGGCCAAUUUGUACCCUCGCCUGACCAUAGUGAGAAAGGUCGACGCCGGCGAAGGGUCUUAUCCUUCGGUUAAUACUUGCGUGCACUACCUAAAGUUGCCGGACUACCCGACCGAAGAACUACUUAGGGAACGGCUUUUAGCGGCCACUAAAGAGAAGGGAUUCCAUUUGAACUAAUUCACGAUACCAAAUGUAACUACCAUACUUGUAAUUAAAACGUAUAAACCAGGAGGACGGUUGCUUUGUAAAUGUUUUAAUUAUUAGGAUUCAACUUAAAAAAAAAGGAGGGUGAUGAAUUAGGUUUUAUUAAUAUCGUGUAGGUGAACCUUUUAAGAAAUUUAUGAGUAAAUUUGGUGAGUUUUAGGAAUUGAAUUUGUCGAAUUGAUUUUGCAGACGGGAGUUUUUAGUUUUAUUUUUUUGCGUAGUGAUAUUCUAUUAAAAUCACUUUACGUGACUAACCGGCACUUUACGAAAGGGUAUCGCGUGGCAUUAGAAACGAAACACUCCCUUUAGGUGAUUUUCAAGUUGUGAUUAUUUUUGCAAUAUAACUUAUAUACUUUAAAAAUGGCAGAGGAGUAGUAAUAUACGAGGUUUAGUUCUAAUGUUGCUUUAAUAGUACUUCCGCAAACCUAUUACUACUUUGUAGAAAAUAAAAGAUGUAUUGUAUUUGAUGUUAGUCAGAAGCAUCAAUAAAACUAAUUUAUCGUUGCAAUUGUUUUAUU